UUCCUGCUCACACCCGGGCGCGGGAGAGAAGACCUCGGGACGGCUCGUGGGGAGUUUCCGGGUCCUUGGGUUCCCGUGCAAACCCAGAGCAGCUCCAGUGCCCGGGGCGGCGGGCUCAGGAUGCGGCCAGGACGGACAGGCAGCACACUGCUGCGGCUGGUGUUAGUGCUCAAUCAAGGUAUUUUAAAUUGCUGUGUGGCGUACAAUGUUGGUCUCCUGGAAGCAAAGAUAUUUUCUGGUCCUUCAAGUGAACAGUUUGGCUAUGCAGUGCAGCAGUUCAUAAAUCCAGAAGGCAACUGGUUACUGGUUGGUUCACCAUGGAGUGGCUUUCCUGAGAACAGAAUGGGAGAUGUGUAUAAAUGUCCUGUUGAUCUAUCCACCACUACAUGUGAAAAACUGAAUUUGCAAACUUCCACAAGCAUUUCCAACGUUACUGAGAUGAAAACCAACAUGAGCCUUGGCUUGACACUGACAAGGAACGUGGGAACGGGAGGAUUUCUCACCUGUGGUCCCCUGUGGGCACAGCAGUGUGGAAGUCAGUUUUACACAACCGGGUUAUGCUCUGAUGUCAGUCCCAAUUUUCAGCUCCUGACCAGCUUUUCACCUGCAGUUCAGACCUGCCCUUCCCUCAUAGAUGUUGUGGUUGUAUGUGAUGAAUCAAACAGUAUUUACCCCUGGGAUGCAGUAAAGAACUUUUUGGAAAAAUUUGUGCAAGGCCUGGAUAUAGGCCCCACAAAGACACAGGUGGGGUUAAUUCAAUAUGCCAAUUAUCCAAGAGUUGUGUUUAACCUGAACACUUUUAAAACCAAAGAUGAAAUGAUUAAAGCAACAUCCCAGACAUCCCAAUAUGGUGGAGACCUCACAAAUACAUUCAAAGCAAUUCAGUAUGCAAGAGAUUCUGCUUAUUCAGCAGCUGCUGGUGGACGACCAGGUGCUACCAAAGUCAUGGUGGUUGUAACUGAUGGUGAAUCCCAUGAUGGUUCAAUGUUGAAAGCCGUAAUUGACCAAUGUAACAAUGACAAUAUACUGAGGUUUGGCAUAGCAGUUCUUGGGUACUUAAACAGAAAUGCCCUUGAUACUAAAAAUUUAAUAAAAGAAAUUAAAGCAAUUGCCAGUAUUCCAACAGAAAGAUACUUUUUCAAUGUUUCUGAUGAAGCAGCUCUACUAGAAAAGGCUGGGACAUUAGGAGAACAAAUCUUCAGCAUUGAAGGUACUGUUCAAGGAGGAGACAACUUCCAAAUGGAAAUGUCACAAGUGGGAUUCAGCGCAGAUUACUCUCCUCAAAAUGAUGUUCUGAUGCUGGGUGCAGUAGGAGCUUAUGACUGGAGUGGGACUGUUGUCCAGCAGACACCUCAUGGACAUUUGAUCUUUCCUAAACAAGCCUUUGACCAAAUUCUGCAAGACAGAAAUCACAGUUCAUAUUUAGGUUACUCUGUGGCUUCAGUUUCUACUGGAAAAAGUGUCCACUUUGUUGCUGGAGCUCCCCGGGCAAAUUAUACCGGCCAGAUAGUGCUGUACAGUGUUAAUGAGAGUGGCAAUAUCACAGUUAUUCAGUCUCACAGAGGUGACCAGAUUGGCUCCUAUUUUGGUAGUGUGCUGUGUGCAGUCGAUGUGGACAAAGACACCAUUACAGAUGUGCUCUUGGUAGGUGCGCCAAUGUACAUGAAUGACCUAAAGAAAGAGGAAGGAAGAGUCUACCUGUUUACUAUCACAAAGGGCGUUUUGAAUUGGCACCAAUUUCUGGAAGGCCCCGAGGGUGUUGAAAAUGCUCGGUUUGGUUCAGCCAUUGCAGCUCUUUCAGACAUCAAUAUGGAUGGCUUUAAUGAUGUGAUCGUUGGCUCACCUUUGGAAAAUCAGAACUCUGGAGCUGUGUACAUCUACAAUGGCCAUGAGGGCACCAUUCGCCUGAGGUAUUCCCAGAAAAUCUUGGGGUCUGAUGGAGCCUUUAGGAGCCACCUCCAGUACUUUGGGAGAUCCCUGGAUGGCUAUGGAGAUUUAAAUGGGGAUUCCAUCACUGAUGUGUCUGUUGGUGCCUUUGGACAGGUCAUUCAGCUCUGGUCACAGAGUAUUGCUGAUGUAUCUGUAGUUGCUUCAUUCACACCAGAAAAAAUCACUUUGCUCAACAAGAACGCUGAGAUAAACCUUAAACUCUGUUUCAGCGCCAAGUUUAGACCUGCUAAGCAAAACAAUCAAGUGGCCAUUGUAUAUAACAUCACAAUUGAUGCAGACCAGUAUUCACCCAGAGUAACCUCCAGGGGAUUAUUUAAAGAAAAUAAUGAAAGGUGCUUGCAGAAGACCAUGAUAGUAAAUCAAGCACAGAGUUGCUCUGAGUACAUCAUCCACAUACAGGAGCCCUCUGAUGUUGUCAGCUCUCUGGAUCUGUGUGUGAACAUCAGUCUGGAAAACCCUGGCACUAACCCUGCCCUCGAAGCCUACUCUGAGACAGUCAAGGUCUUCAGUAUCCCUUUCUAUAAAGAUUGUGGUGAUGAUGGAGUUUGCAUCUCUGAUCUAGUUCUAGAUGUUCAACAGCUGCCAGCAGCUCAACAACAGCCCUUCAUUGUCAGCAACCAAAACAAAAGGUUAACAUUUUCGGUAACACUGAAAAACAAAAAGGAAAGUGCAUACAACAGUGGGAUUGUUGUUGAUUUUUCAGAAAAUCUGUUUUUUGCUUCCUGGUCCAUGCCGGUUGAUGGGACAGAAGUGACAUGCCAGAUUGCUUCAUCUCAGAAGUCUGUUACCUGCAAUGUGGGCUACCCUGCUUUAAAAAGGGAACAACAGGUGACUUUCACUAUUAACUUCGACUUCAAUCUUCAAAACCUUCAGAAUCAGGCCUCUGUCAGUUUCCAAGCCUUAAGUGAAAGCUACGAGGAAAACAAGGCAGAUAAUUCAGUCAACUUCAAACUCUCUCUGCUGUAUGAUGCCGAAAUUCACAUAACAAGAUCUACCAACAUAAAUUUUUAUGAAGUCUCCUCGGAUGGGAAUAUUCCUUCUAUUGUGAACAAUUUUGAAGAUAUUGGUCCAAAAUUCAUCUUCUUCAUUAAGGUAACAACAGGAAGUGUUCCAGUCAGCAUGGCAUCCGUAAUCAUCCAUAUCCCUCAAUACACCAGAGGCAAGAACCCGUUGAUGUACCUGACUGGCGUGCACACGGACCAGGCUGGUGACAUCAGUUGCAAAGCCGAAAUAAAUCCACUGAAAAUAGGACAAACAUCUUCUUCUAUAUCUUUCAAGAGUGAAAAUUUCCGUCAUGUAAAAGAAUUGAACUGCAGAACCGCUUCAUGUAGUAACAUCACCUGCUGGCUGAAAGACCUUCAGGUGAAAGGAGAAUACUUCCUUAAUGUGUCUACCAGAAUCUGGAAUGGGACCUUCGCAGUAUCAACUUUUCAGACAGUACAGCUGACAGCAGCAGCAAAAAUCGACACCUAUAACCCUGAGAUAUACGCGAUCGAAGAAAACACCGUCACGAUUCCCAUUACCAUAAUGAAACCCCACGAGAAAGCUGAAGUCCCAACCGGAGUUAUAGUAGGAAGUGCAAUCGCUGGAAUCCUUUUGUUAUUAGCUCUGGUUGCAAUUUUAUGGAAGCUUGGAUUCUUCAAAAGAAAAUAUGAAAAAAUGACCAAAAAUCCAGAUGAAAUUGAUGAGACCACAGAACUCAACAGCUGAAUCACCCAGCAGUUCCCACUGCAGUGGGAAGGGGCAGCAUCACAGCCAGGGUUUACUAUU